ACUUUUGAAAGAAGAUUUUGCCGACUUGACGUCUUUCAACUUGACAGUUUUUGUAAGUAUGUUGUAGUUUAAUUGUGCCGUGCGGCAUAAAGUUUGGGGAAAAAUGGAAGCUGUACCGGCAAAAGGCGGCUACUGUGGUCCAAAAUGCAAGGCCCGCUACAUCCUGGCCAUCAUGAGCUCCGUGUGCAUGGGCCUCACCUACGGCCUCAAAGUGAGUCUCCAUGUCGCAAUCGUCGCAAUGGUGAACACCAGUGCCUUAAUUAAAGAACACAAUGGUGCUCACCAUUCACCUUCCAAAUGUGAUUUUGACAACACUGGCAAAAACGUAACAAAACACGUCGAAGACGGACCUUUCCUCUGGAAUAACGAAAUUCAAGGGCUAUUACUAGGAUCAUAUUUUUUCGGAUACAUGGUGUCCCUACUUCCCGGCGGACGCCUCUCCGAACUAGUCAGCGCAAAAUGGGUUUUAUUUUUCGCAAUUGCAAGUAAUGUUGUUGCAAUGUUUUUAAGCCCAAUUUUAUCGAAAUUGCACUAUGGGGGACUUCUGGCAAUGAGGAUAAUUCAGGGGAUAGGGGGUGGAGUCACGUUUCCGGCAAAUCAUGUGAUGAUAUCGCAAUGGUCGCCCCCACUUGAAAGAAGUAUUAUGAGUAGUAUUGUGUACGCGGGGACUUCUUUAGGCACUCUUAUUUUUAUGUUGAUUUCGGGCCUCAUAGCGGACGCCUUGGGCUGGGAGGCUGUUUUUUACAUAGAGGGUGGGUUUUCAACAAUUUGGCUCAUUUUAUGGGUUUGGUUAAUCGCCGAUUCGCCCAAAAAACAGACACUUAUCACGCAGGAAGAACGCGAUUACAUCGUAUCGAGGCUUGAGAAUGAAACAGGAAGCGCGGAGCGCGCCCCUUUUCCCUGGCGGGCUGUGUUUACUUCGAUGCCCUUUUGGGCGAUUUUCGUAGCACAUGUUUGCAGCAAUUGGGGCUUUUAUCUGCUCCUAAUCGAACUACCGACCUAUUUGAAGCAAGUGCUCGAUUUUGAUAUUGGCUCAAAUGCGGUCUACACCUCGAUUCCCUUCUUCACGAUGUGGGUUUUCAGUUUGAUUCUUUCGAAGAUUUUGGAUACUUUGAGAGAGAAGAGGAAGAUUACGACCACUUUUGCGAGGAAAUUGGCCACUUUGAUUGCAAGUGUAAUUCCGAUGGUUUGUUUUAUCGCUUUGUGUUUUGUGGAAUGUCAAAGACAAUUAGCCGUGGCUUUGAUGACUAUUGCGAUCACAGCAGAUGGAGCGAUGUUUUCCGGCUUUUUGUCGAAUCAUAUUGAUAUUGCGCCCAAUUAUGCUGGGACUUUAGUGGCUUUGACGAAUACAAUUGCAACAAUUCCGGGAUUUGUGGUGCCGAUUAUCGUCGGACAAUUGACACAUGCUGAUCCUAGUGUUAAUUCAUGGAGGAAGGUGUUUUACAUCACCAUAGGACUCUAUGUGCUUGAAAUCGUGGUGUAUACGAUAUGGGGGUCCGGGGAAGUACAGGAGUGGAAUCAAGGAACGAAACCAAAAGAAGAACAACCUCUUACAGAAAAAUAAAUUUUACUUCUUUUUAAA